ACUGGUGGAGCCGCCAUCCUCUCGAUGUGGGGUUCCUCCAUUUUUGGUGUGCGAUUGGCGACGGAGAAGUAGGAGGAGCAAAGGCGGGAUGGGGAAGCAGGAGGCCGGGAUCAUUAAACAAGCAGGAGGCUGCCAUUAUUAUACAAGCAGGAGGCGGGAUGGGGAACAACUGAAGGCGGCUUGCUCGCGGGAGCCUGGUGGCGGUGGGCUUCAGGCAAAAGCGGCGCCAUGGAAAAAGGCAAUCAAUUCCCUUCUCAUAAGCAGACUGGAAAAGCCGGACAUGGCCGAGUAAGGGAAGUUUAGAGGCCCUAUUGAUUGGGCCACUCGGACAUCGUCAUUGAUGCAGAUGUGUGAUGGGUCACCAGGUGUUGCCUCAACCAUAUUAGCUUUGAAGGUUUAGAACGAACGACAAGGUUGGAGAAACUAAAAUGACUAAAGUUUGGAAACUGAUUCAAGUCUACCGGCUCGAUUUUCAAGGUGAGUGUAAAUGGGGUAAAUUCUACGCCUUACAUAUUUUUAAUUAUUUAUUCUACGCGUGAUAAGUAUUUUUGUGAAAUGAUUGCUGUCGUUGUUUGAUUGUGCUUAUGAUUGAUGAUAGGUACGUUGUUUGAGCUAUGUUUGAUGUGAAUGUUCAUGAGUCCUUAUUUAAAUUAAAGCUUUAUGUUUAUAAGUUAUUGUUAAAGUUAAGAAGCAAGUUCUUUUUAAGAAGUAACUCACCUUCAAGAAGGUGAAGUCGUUUUAAGUGUUUUUAGUCACUAGCGCCAGUCCGUUGCCGUUUGAGACAUUUUGAGAUAUAGCAGCAGUUAUGCUCUUGAGCCUUUUAAGAUGGGCAGCAGUUAUGCACUUGAGAAUCGUGGUGAAGAGCCACCACGAUAAGUUUAAGAUGUUAGGGGGAUGAAUCGUUACGACUCCCCUAACUAAGUUUAAGUUUAAGGAAAGUCUGAAUGGCUUCUCAUACGUAUGAGUUGGCAACCGGACUAGCUAGUGAGGGAUCCCCGUGUCAGUCAAGUAUUUAAGUCAAGAUUUGAGCUUUAAGGGAGGAGAGUAACUUCAACUCCCUCAAAGUUUAAGAGUUAAUAUUUUAAGAUUGGAAGUACAUACAACUUCCACCAGUUAAAGUUAAGUGUUUAAGCAAAGUACUCAAGUAUAGGAAAUAUUAAAACGUAAGGGCGUAGACUGACCCCAUCUCACUCACCAGUUUGACGAGCUAGAGAACGAGCUAGAGGAGUAGUUAGCGAGCAGCAAGUUCGAUGGCAGCCAACUAGAGGAGGGCAGUGCAAGCGUCACGGAGGAUGCCUAGUUAAGAUUUUCAGUAGCAGCAACGACAUAGACUACCUAGUUAUUUACAUUUUAUGAUUAUGAGUAUAGACUGGAGAUCAGUUUGAGAUUUUAAAGUUUGAGCUUAAUUUGCCCACGUGUUAGGGCUUUGCUUUGAACUACAAGUGUGUGUUUUCAGUAUUUUAUUUAUGAAAAUUUUUCCUACUGCAAUUUAGGAUUUGAGUAUUUUAUUUAUCAAGGGCAUUUUAGUAAAAGUAGUACCCGGACGGAUUAGGGUGUUUCACCACAUGGCAGUCGAUCUCAAUGUGUUUCGUUCUCUCAUGAAGCACAUGAUUUUUUGCUAUUUAAAUCGCAGAUCGACUGUCACAAAACAGGUUAACAGGUUGAGGAUGAUCAAUGCCAAUUUCCUGUAUUAACCUCUUAACCCAAACAACUUCACAUGUCAGCUGAGCUAGAGCCCUAUACUCAACCUCGAACAAUGAUCUAGAAACAGGGGAUAAUCAAUGAAGGUCCAAAGGUAAAACAGACCCUGGUCUGGAGCAUUCUCCAGGUAUUUAAGAACCCGAUAUGCCAAUUGUAUGUGUGUAGUGGUAGGUCCUGCACUAUACUGAUCUAGUAAUUGACAAAGUUGUUGUACAGCAAAGGUAAUUUAUGGUCUAGUAAUUGUCAAAGAUGCAUUUUAGUAUGCUAUAUAGCACCCAUGCUUUAAUAUACUUAGAGCCAUUAGAUCUUGUUAUAAAAUAUAAGCCAUUGGAUUGAAGUUAUUUAAUUAUUAUUUUUUCACUCGUUCGAAUGGUAACUUGUUGCACUAGUUCGUUACGUAAUAAUUUUUUAAAAAAAUUGAAAUCCAGUCGGGGUAAAGGCGAUUGAGCUCGUCGGAAUUCAGAGCCUCUCUUCUGCGGUGUAAUUUCAUAGCGUCUCUUCGUCGAUAGUGACCGGAUUGAUUAGCGGCAACGGCGAACCUGCAUAUGAAAUAGUGCGACAGUCACGCUGUGAGAAGAAAGAGAUUGGGGGGUUUCAACUUUACUCUUCCACGAUUGUGAACUGUGCUCUUCAGCGGUGGGUCUCUUCGUCGAUAUUGAAGGGGUUGAGCAUCGGCGACGGGAAUGGUGAGAUUGUGUGGUGGGUCUUAUCGUUUUUCAACUUUCCUCUCUUGGGAUUAUGUUUCGCGGUGGGUUUGUCCGUAGAUAGUAAAGGGGGUGAGCAGUGGCGACGACAACAAGGACUUGAAUUCUGAAGGCGGCAGAGACUCUUUUACUAGGGGAAGACUCAGAAGGAAUAAAAGACUCGAAAGCCCAAUCGAAAACGAUGAGUCAACUGGCGCCCGGCAGGAGAACUUUUGCAAUAGCGAGAAUUGGGUGAUAAAACAUUCAAUUUCCA